CUACAGAUCCUACUCAUAAUACUACACAUUAUCCAACAGAUCCUACUCAUUCUACUACACAUAAUCCUACAGAUCCUACUCAUACUACUACACAUUAUCCUACAGAUCCUACUCAUAAUACUACACAUUAUCCUACAGAUCCUACUCAUAAUACUACAUAUUAUCCUACAGAUCCUACUCAUACUACUACACAUUAUCCCACAGAUCCUACUCAUACUACUACACAUUAUCCUACAGAUCCUACACAUAAUACUACACAUUAUCCUACAGAUCCUACUUAUAAUACUACACAUUAUCCAACAGAUCCUACUCAUAAUACUACACAGUAUCCUACAGAUCCUACUCAUAAUACUACACAUUAUCCUACAGAUCCUACUCAUACUACUACAUAUUAUCCAACAGAUCCUACUCACAAUACUACACAUUAUCCUACAGAUUCUACUCAUAAUACUACACAUUAUCCAACAGAUCCUACUCAUACUACUACACAUUAUCCAACAGAUCCUACUCAUAAUACUACACAUUAUCCUACAGAUCCUACUCAUACUACUACACAUUAUCCAACAGAUCCUACUCAUAAUACUACACAUUAUCCUACAGAUCCUACUCAUACUACUACACAUUAUCCAACAGAUCCUAC